UGCGGGGUGGAUUUUGAGAUCCGAGCUUUCUGUGCCAAAUCCCUAGAAGAAAAGAUUCACAAAAGGAACUCGGUGCGGCUGGUGAUCCGGAAGGUGCAGUACGCGCCCGAGAAGCCGGGCCCCCAGCCCAUGGCCGAGACCACCCGGCACUUCCUCAUGUCGGAUCGGUCCCUGCACCUGGAGGCCUCGCUGGACAAGGAGCUGUAUUACCACGGGGAGCCCAUCAGCGUGAACGUGCACGUGACCAACAACUCCAGCAAGAGCGUGAAGAAGAUCAAGGUUUCGGUGCGGCAAUACGCAGACAUCUGCCUCUUCAGCACAGCCCAGUACAAGUGUCCGGUGGCCCAGACCGAGCAAGAUGACCAGGUGUCGCCGAGCUCCACAUUCUGCCGGGUUUACACCCUGACACCGCUGCUGAGCCAGAACCGGGAGAAGCGGGGCCUGGCGCUGGACGGGAAACUCAAACACGAGGACACCAACCUGGCCUCCAGCACCAUAGUCAAGGAGGGGGCGAACAAGGAGGUGCUGGGGAUUCUGGUCUCAUACCGGGUGAAGGUGAAGCUGGUUGUAUCGCGGGGGGGCGACGUGUCUGUGGAGCUGCCCUUCGUGCUAAUGCACCCCGAGCCCCCCGAGGCAUUUGCACCGGCACGGCCCCAGUCAGUUGUCCCCGAGACAGACGUCCCCGUCGACACCAACCUCAUUGAAUUUGAAACCCACUACGGCCAGGACGACGACAUCGUCUUCGAGGAUUUCGCCCGCCUGCGGCUCAAGGGGGGAGUCAAGGACGACCAGGACGACGACCGUUUCUGAGGACGUGGGGAGGGAGCCGGGCUACUGCCCCCUCCCUGCAGCAGAGCUGGUGCCUGGCCCCCGGUAGGGGGCGGUGGAUUUUAACUGUAUCUGUCUGGGCUUUUUAAUGCUGCCCCCCUGCUGAGGGGAGCCUCCACUAAGCCCCCCCAUCUCACUGCUGUACAGGGGGGCCCCCAGAACUGGGGUCUGGCUUUUAAAUGUCAUUAACUUGGGGGGGUGCCCCCUCCCCCAGAGAUUUUAACUGUGGCUCCCCUGCUGAGCUCUGGAAGGGGGAACCCCCCUGCUGCUGGGGGGGCAGCUCCCCCCCUCUCCCCCCCCAGUGAAAAGCACUGGAUUCCUCUCUGGGCAUUAUUGCUGCUUCAACGCCUGCGGGCCCCUGCUCAACCAUCCAUGGAUUUUUAAAGCUGUUUUCAGCCGGGGGGCCCCUGCCUCGUGUGUGUGUGUG